UUCUUGCACAGAAAGACACUUCAAACCUUCAAAACUCAAACCCUAGCUCACAAAUCCUCUCAUCUUUCCAUUCUACUUUCAUCUUCACAAUCACUAUGGGUCAAGGAACACCGGGAGGAUUCAGCCGGCAAAACAACUCCGGCGAUCGGAAAGACGGUGACAAAAAGGAGAAAAAAUUCGAACCGGCAGCACCACCAGCACGCGUCGGCCGGAAACAACGCAAGCAAAAGGGACCGGAAGCUGCGGCUAGGCUACCGACGGUGACGCCGCACUCUAAGUGCAGGUUGCGGUUGUUAAAGCUAGAACGGAUCAAGGAUUACUUGUUAAUGGAGGAAGAGUUUGUGGCGAAUCAGGAACGAUUGAAGCCGCAGGAGGAGAAGACGGAGGAGGAUAGGAGUAAGGUUGAUGAUCUGCGUGGAUCUCCUAUGAGCGUUGGGAAUUUGGAGGAGUUGAUUGAUGAGAAUCAUGCGAUUGUUUCGUCGUCGAUUGGACCGGAGUAUUAUGUAGGGAUAUUGUCGUUUGUUGAUAAGGAUCAGUUGGAGCCUGGAUGUGCUAUUUUGAUGCAUAAUAAGGUUCUCUCUGUUGUUGGACUGCUACAAGAUGAUGUGGACCCCAUGGUGUCCGUUAUGAAGGUUGAGAAGGCUCCAUUGGAAUCAUAUGCUGAUAUUGGUGGUCUAGAUGCUCAAAUUCAAGAAAUAAAGGAGGCAGUAGAACUCCCCUUGACUCACCCUGAACUAUAUGAAGACAUUGGAAUCAAACCUCCUAAAGGGGUAAUAUUGUAUGGAGAACCUGGAACAGGGAAGACUCUGCUUGCAAAGGCAGUGGCAAACUCUACGUCAGCAACUUUCUUGCGUGUUGUUGGAAGUGAAUUGAUUCAAAAGUACCUUGGAGAUGGUCCUAAAUUGGUUAGAGAACUCUUUAGAGUUGCAGAUGAUCUUUCUCCAUCUAUCGUUUUUAUUGAUGAAAUUGACGCUGUAGGUACAAAGAGGUAUGAUGCACACUCUGGAGGUGAACGUGAAAUUCAGAGAACCAUGUUGGAGUUAUUGAACCAGUUGGAUGGUUUUGAUUCAAGAGGUGAUGUGAAAGUGAUCCUGGCCACAAACAAAAUCGAGAGUCUUGACCCUGCUCUGCUUCGACCAGGUCGAAUUGAUAGGAAGAUAGAAUUCCCACUUCCUGACAUCAAAACCAGGAGACGCAUUUUCCAGAUACAUACAUCAAGAAUGACUUUGGCGGAUGAUGUCAACUUGGAAGAAUUUGUUAUGACCAAAGACGAGUUCUCGGGAGCUGAUAUCAAGGCUAUAUGUACCGAGGCUGGAUUACUUGCUUUACGCGAGCGCAGAAUGAAGGUGACACAUCCCGACUUUAAGAAGGCAAAGGACAAGGUUAUGUUCAAGAAGAAAGAAGGGGUACCAGAGGGACUUUACAUGUGAAAAUGCUUUCAAACUCUCAAAGAACUUGUUUUUGGUUGUUUGUGUUUUCCAUAAAACUAUGAUAUUAUUCUCGGUUUGAGGAUGAAAGUUGCGUUAUGUAUUUGUUUUAGAAAAAAAACAUGUAUGAUAUCAUUUCUGUUUUAUCGAACCGUUUAGUUGCCUUUAACCA